AUGGUACCCAAGGGCUUACUACGGAGCUUGCGAUUUGCUCUGGCCUCCUUCUAUCUGUUUCUGGUUCUCAUAACUGUCCCGAUUUCAUUCCAAAUCGGAGGGCUGUACUGUGGCCUCUCCUUCACGGUGACUCUAUUCAUUUUGUACUUUGUUACGACGACACUGAAGAUCACAGCGGCUACGCGGGGCGAUGAGUGGAAGCACAUAGCGUCCACGCUAUACUAUUUACAGCACUUUCUGAUGCCAUCGAUCCUGUUCCUGUUUUUGUCGGGGUUCAAUAACGACCAAUUACAGAAGAAACUGGUGGGCUCUGACCCGAAGGGCGCCCGCGGGGGCUUUAUUUUCGAUGGCAACAUGAACGAAUCGCUGCUGCAGCUGCUGGGGCGGUCGCGGGACGACAGGGCUACCAUGGCAUACCUGCACUAUUACCGGUACGUUGUGCGCCCAUGGCAGUACAUGCUGUUGCACGCGACGCCGUGCUUCACGCUUACCGAGGGGUUUUUCACGGUUCUGGCCAUCCAGGUCAUCGGCGAGACGGGUCGCUGGCUGCGGUACAAGCGGAACAGCACGGCGUGGGUGAUAUCCAGCCUGAUGGUAUCGGGCGUGGUGAUUACCACGUCGAUGUACUACCUCUACAGGAUUUACGUGACGCCAAUAUGGCCGCUCAGCGUGCACACCGCGACAUUGCUAGGUUUUACACUGUCACUGGUUUUCGGAUUGGGACUCUACGGUAUCAUUAGCGGCAAAGGCUCUGCCAUCGAGAGCUCGCUGUUUUUUGCGUAUAUGGUCCAUUGCAUAUACGAAAUAUCCCCGCAGCUAGCGCUUACUGCCAUGUCGGAAAUAUUCCAGGUCGUGCAUAAUACAUGGCAGAUGCAGCAGGGGACCUUGCCCAAGAACAGCCUGCUGGCAUAUUACAAGAAUUUCAUACUGAAUGCAGAGAACCUAUGGGAUGUGCUGCUCAAGAAGGCGUUCUUGCUACACUCCGUGGAACUGGACCAAGCGCCCAGCUCUGUGGUUGUCAAGGACGCGCUGGUGCUUGUCCAGCAACAGUGGUGGAACAAGAGCCAGCAGCUGUGGUCGUUCACCAAGAACUUCUCCGCUGGCAUCCCCCGCUCCAUCCACGAGAUCUUCAUCGUUACCCUGGGACUGGCCCGCGAAUCCAUCAACGCGGCAGUCGUUUCCAACCUUGUUUUCCGGGUGAUUGUGUUCUACUCUGCUACAAGAAUCAUCCCAGCGCUACAGAGAGCAACCGGCGGGACGCAAAGCAGGAAGCUGAUGCGUAUCAUCUACUGGUACUCGCCGUGCAUCGUCAUCGCCAUGUAUACCCACAUGAUCCUUCGCUACAGCGGAGAGCUGAACAACGAACUGUGCAUAUGGGGCUGCUUCCCGUGGCUCCAAUCAGAAGCCAACCGUGAUAGAUGGGUCGUCGACGCGUGGGGCUUCUGGAACUGGUGCAACCUGUUCUUCACGCUGCUAAUAUACGCCGUAGAGCUCAUCGGCAGCAGGUGA